AAGUGAAGUCGCGUUCUGUGCUACCACCUGCCAACUUCACUUCUGUGCUUCACUUUGGCGUGUGCGGUCGCGAGGCGCGCUGUUGCCUUGGUCGCGCGGAGUACAUAAGAAGCUGUGUUGCCCUCCGAUCCUCGAGGAUACCCGACAAACUUCACGCUGCAGCUUCCCACCUUUCUCGCCCGAAACAACCACGAACAAGCACAGACGCACACACCACAAUCAUGUCGCUCACCAUCGCGCGUCUGCAAGAAGAGCGCAAGCAAUGGCGCAGAGAUCACCCCUUCGGCUUCGUCGCCCGCCCGAUGAAGAACGGCCCAGCCCUCGACCUCAAGAGAUGGGACUGUGCGAUACCCGGCAAGGACAAGACGAUCUGGGAGGGUGGUUUGUUCAAGCUCGAGAUGCUCUUUCCCGAUGAGUAUCCCACCAAGCCACCGAAGUGCAAGUUCGUACCGCCGCUCUUCCACCCCAACGUCUACCCCUCCGGCACCGUCUGCUUGUCGAUCCUGAACGAAGAAGAAGGCUGGAAGCCCGCCAUUACAAUCAAGGAGAUCCUUCUUGGCAUUCAAAUGCUGCUCGACGAAGUCAAUCCUGACUCGCCAGCUCAGGCAGAUGCGUACAACCUGUUCAAGAAGGAUCGUGCUGCGUACGAGAAGCGUAUCCGUCAGGUCGUCAAGGACAACCCGGCUCCUUAGUACUUGGCUUGGGGCUUCCAGGGUGAACCAAAGGAUUUGCUCCUGCUCCUGAUCUUCGCCUUCUACUUUGCAGUCAUUGCAUACGUUGUCUACGGCUCUUACAAAUUUUGGCGUUGCACUCAGUGCACUGGUAACGCCUGCGUGUGCCUACACGCCUCGGAGUGUCCGAACUAUCGCGAAUUUGUGAAGAAGGUCCGCUCCCAAGGCUUCGACAUGGAGAGAUGUGGCAAGGUUCUCCUCCACCGUCCGUGGUGCUACUUCCUCUACUGCUUUUAGGGAAGUUUGAUCGAUAAGAUUAGCGUUGGAGUUUGGAGGGAGGAAGACGAGACUACGAAGAACAUGCAUUAACGAAAGACUUCCCGACGUGGCUCAAAUGCCUCCAAAAUGAGAAAAGACAAUGAUACCCACUUCCUGUCACCAGUGCCAGCUCCGUCGAGCCCAUUUGAUAUCCCCACAAUCCGGUGCGGCCGAAACCGGAUUGUCUGAGACAGACCAUUCUCCGCC